AUGCGGAGAUCAUAAUUAAGUCAAGACAACCCAUCGGGAUACGAAAAUUCUGGCAGAGAAGAAUCCCAGCCUGAACCUCUCAAUUCACAAUAGCUUCUUGAUUAGAUCGAUUAAAGUAGUGGCACCCGAUUAAUAUCCAGACCUAAUUUGCUGUUUGACUACAUUUCGAGACCUAAUCAGAAUUCCAACAAUUCUAAUUCUAAUUAGUUGUAGGAGAGGGAUGGUGUCUCGUAGCCUAGACGAAUCUCUGAAAUAAGAACAAUGAUAGAUCAAUUAAGGGGUAUCUCUAUUCCAGUUCUAGGGAGUUAGGCUAGAUUGUAAUCUGAAUUAAGUUAAAAUAUCAACUUGAAUCCUGAGAGGAAUCAAUUGAGCAAUAGCGAACCCCUGUCAAUUAGACAAAGCCAACUAAGAAGUUAAAUUCCAGGCAAUAGCCAAAAUGUUGACCAAUCUUCGCCUAACUUAACUAGUUUCUAGAAUCUAUAAAGAAUUGACGGCUCACCAAAUACACCUCCUCUCAGGAUUCCUCGGAGAUUUGAGUUUUCAAGCUAUGAUGCUAUUUUCAGUCAUCAUGAAAGAAAUCUCCAAAGAACUUCUGAUUAAAUAAUAACAACGGAUUCAAUACCCUCAGAUUCUCAAUUAUAUAGAUCUCAACUAUUGGAGCCAUUUGAUUAAUAAAUAGCUAACUUAGUUGCUGAAAAUCACUAAAAUAUGUUUAGAAGUCAUCUCUCCUCAAGAGCGAGAAGUUAAAAUGCAAUAUCUGGUGUCUCUGAUAGUGAUUAAUAGAGUAGACCACCUUUGAGAAUACGAGCUGAAGAGUUUCUAAACAUUGAUCCUCCAGUUAAUAGCGUUGUCCCUGCUCCUUAAUUUCAGCUUCAGCCAUAAAGAUUUCUAGACUUGAAUUAGUUCAGUGAAAGUGAUAGUGACGAUAUUAGCUCUGAGUCUUCAGAACAAACAGUGAUAAGAAACAAUCCUAAUUUUCCUAGAGAUCAAUAUGAAGAUAGUAUGUUGUAAGAUAGAGGUUCUCAGAGUUAAAGAAGCAAUAACAAUUAGAAUAACUAGAGUAACCGAAUCUUAAGUAGCGAUUCUGAUGAAGAACCUCUGAUUAGUAGACCAAUUUCAAGACUAUAGUUAAGAAGGAGAAGAGAUGUUUCUUAAAGUCACAAUAGCGGAAGCAGUAGAAUAAGAUCACCAAGAUCGCUAUCAAAUUUAAGAAGACAGCAUGCAAUUUCAAAUAUCCAUAAUUUACCUAGCGCCAGAGCUUAGCUUCUCAGAUAAAUCCCCCAAAGACCGUAGACAUUACUCUCACGAGGUUUAAGACGUACAGCCUCUAGAGCAAAUCUGCAUUCAAACAUCGCUUUAGGCAUUGACAGAUUAAGAAGAAGAAGAGCUGUUAGAUAUAGGAAUUUCAAUGAUUUCUGGUUGAAUUCAGCUCUAAGAGAAUAAGACUUAUUAUUAAGAGGUGAUGGCGAAGAAAGUAUUGAGGUAGAGGAUGAAUUAAUUGACCCAUUCUAAAUUAAUGAAGAUAUCUCCAGUGAAAGUGAUAAUAGCAACUAGGUAUAGAGAGUAAGAGUAUUCAGGAAUCAGUUAUUAGAGGAUAUAAUUGAGGAAAAUGAAGAUUUAACUGAUAAUAAAGAUGACGAAAAUGAAGAUGAUGAAGUCCCAAACUACGAUUCUGAGUGGAGUGAAAUAGGUCAAUUGUUUGUUGACUUAGAGAAUGAUGAAGAUAAAUCUGAAGAGGAUCCUCUUGCAAUUUUAAAGUUAUUCAAUAAGUUCGGCAACAUUGGUCUAGUUGUUUACAAAAGAGUUUAAGAAUAACAAAUCUUAGAAACUUAGCCACUCAAUUAAGUAAUAAGACAAAAUCUCUAAAUGAGACAUGAUGUACCGAAGAUAAAACAAAUGACCAAUAUUAUAUUAUUCUUAGUCAAGUAUCUUAUUCAAACUGCUUAAAACUUAUCCGAAAGGACCAAUUAAGAUACAUCAGGCAAAUAGCAAAGUAGAUAGUAAAUUGUAAGCUUAGAAGCAGAAUAAAAAAUAUAGAUAGUCCAUAAGCUACUUAAGCUUGUACCGUCCAAUAUCUAAAUUUAAAGACUGCUUGAUAGACUGUAGUAGUUUUAUGAAACUCAUUAAAACGAUGAUAAAAUGUAUCAGAGUAAAGAUUAGGUUAUUAUGAAAGACAUGCUUCUGACUAAGGUGAUCCUAGAUUUGAAAAUUAAUAUUUUGACAUUACUUGAAUCUCCAAGGUAUAAGGUCCUUUUAAAAGAAGUUAUGCCAUUAGCAUAGAGAUUUCAUAAGGACUUACCAGUUGAGGCAGUGAAAUUUUUAUCUUAAAAAAAUAAUUACAGUAUUUGGGGUACUUUCAUAAAAUAGAAUAAGACUUUAAGCUUAAAAGAUGUAUCCUUUAUCACAGUCAAAGAAACUAAAGAAGAAUAUUUGAAGCAUUAUAAAUAGUUGAACUAUGAUUUGCUUGAGAAAUCUAAAAAUAUUAGAAAUGACUUGAUUAUUGAGAAUAUUUAUACAAAUGAACAAAAUCAAGCUGUAACCAAUAAGAAAAGAGAUAUUAAGCUAAAGGGAAAAUAGAAGAGAAAAGAAAAAUAUUUGGAAAAGAUUAGAUCUAUUACCCUAUUAUGA